AUGCAUGUCACUGAUGCUGAGAUAGUUGAACUAGUUGCAUACCAACUGAAGGGUGUCACUAGAAUCUGGUUUUAUCAAUGGAAAAAGAAUAGGGCUGAAGGUGCACCGAUUAUGGUUGCUGACAUAAGGAGCAGCAUGAGUUUGUUUGUUUCUGGGUUAUCUCGUUUGUCAAGUAAAGAGGGCAAGGCAGCUAUGCUAAUAGGGGACAUGGACAUAGCAAGGUUGACGAACCAUGUGCAACAGGUUGAGGAAGAUAAGCUGAGAGAUAGAGAGGAGUUUUGGAACAAGAAUGCUAAGACAUCUGGAAUGAGUGUGGGCGGCAGAAGAGUAAUAGUUGGACCUCAGCAAUCUCAACGUAGUAUUGCACAAGGAGGUAAUGGGACUCCUGCAUGUGCUAUGUGUUGUAGGACCCACUCAGGGGUGUGUCUUGAUGGUUCCACUGGUUGUUUCAAGUGUGGUAAGAACGGUUACUUUAUGAAAGAGUUCCCCAAAUGGGGCAAUACAGCCCAAUCUUCUCCAGUUGCUCCACCAGACAGAGUUGCACCUGGAGGAGCUACUUCAGGGGCAAGCGAAAGAUCAAACAACUUAUCUAGGAGUGAGUCUAUCUUUGUGACUCUGUAUGUUGUGAUGAAUUUUGAUGUUCUUCCUGAGAAACUUCUUGAUCCCUUCAGUGUCUCUACACAUGUUGAGGAGAUGAGUGUGAACGGAAGCAAUGGUAGCCAAGUGGGCCACCAAGAUGAAUUCGGCAACUCAACGAUGUCGAUGAGCCGAAUACUAAUGACCCUCAUCUAA